AUGCCGUCUUCUUGCCAAGAAAUCCGACAAGAGCUCAUUGAAUGCAUGCUCAAGUCCAAUUGUGUACUUGUCAAGCGUAACACGGUCAAGGAAUGCUUCAAGGCUGAACACGCAGACGAUGUCCCAACCGAAUGUCAAAGCAUACGCAAGAGUUUUGCCGAAUGUCGUCGAGGAAUGAUUGAUCCUCGUAAGCGUUUCCGUGGCAACGCUACGCAAUAG